AUGACACUAAAUCCUAAGACUGACGGCAUUGUGUCGAAAUCUAUAUUACUUCUAAGGAACAUUGAGUCGUUUCGGAUCUACUAUAACAUCUCUUUUAAAAUGAAAAAUUUCUGCGUUUUAUUUGCGUUCUUCGUCGUGAUGGCCUUCGUGGGGAGGAUAUCGGCUGACAGGUUUACCAAUGCAUUGUGGGACAAAAGAGGUGUGUUUAAAUCAAACUUAUACAAGAGAGGGAGAACUCUAUCUGGUAAACGGUCAAGAAGUCAAAACACGGAUACUUUAGAGAGAGAUCAGCUUAUGCAAAUGGAACCCCAGUGCGUCCUUGAUAAUCUCUUUCUUUUGAUGUCACAAGAGGAACAAGCCAGGGUUAUUAAAUCCUUCGCCAAGUUGAAUUAUGUGCUUGGCAGGACAAACAUGAAAGGACUCGUGUCGUUCAACGGCAAUGGUGUAGCCUAUUGA